GCAAUCUGGCUCAACUCUCUAGAGUCUAGACAUAAAUGCGUCACAGAUUGAACCUUAGCCCAAUUGGGUUCAACAUGGUGAAAUCAUUUUUCCUCAGAAAACACAGGAAGUGGCCAAUCGUUCCCUCCAAGCUCAACUGCCAAGCUUUCAAUCAACAACAAGCAUUGCAAACCCUUAAACGAGCUGCAUCGGAAUCACACCAACAACAAGCAAACCCCGAGAAACCCCAUCUCCUAUCUGCUCUCCUGGAUUCGUUCAAAAUCCACAAUUCCACCGCAACUCCUGAAGCCUACCAUUUUGUCUUCAAAACCCUAAUCAAUACCUCCCAGUCCCACCAUAUUCCCUCCGUCCUUACCCACCUAGAAAAAUUCGAGAAAUUUGAAACUCCGGAAGACAUUUUCACUGAUGUUUUUAAAUUCUAUGCCGAAACACGCAGGGUUCGUGAUGCAAUUGAUCUUUUUUACAGAGUACCAAAGCUCAGGUGUGUCCCUUCUGUCUAUACACUCAAUGCUUUGCUAUCUGUUCUGUGUAGGGAUAAAGAAGGGCUGAAAAUGGUCCCUUCAAUCUUGUUAAAGAGUCAAUUUAUGAAUAUUCGGGUGGAUGAAUCGAGUUUUUGUAUAUUGAUGAAGGCUCUUUGUAAGAUUAGGAAGGUUGGUUAUGCUAUUCAGAUACUCAAUUGCAUGACAAAUUAUGGGUAUGUUGUUGAUGCGAAAAUGCUUUCUUUGAUUUUGUCAUCCAUGUGUCAGCAGAGGGAUUUGACCAGCCUUGAGCUUAUGGAGUUUUUUGAGGGAUUGAGGAAACUAGGUUUCUGUCCUGGUAUGGCGGAUUAUACUAAUGUAAUCAGUUUUUUGGUCAAAGAAGUUGAGGGAAUGGAUGCUCUGGAUGUUUUGAAUCGGAUGAAGUCAGAUGGAAUUAAGCCAGAUAUUGUUUGUUAUACAAUGGUAUUGGAUGGGGUUAUUGCAGAAGGGGAUUACGUGAAGGCAGAUAACCUGUUUGAUGAAUUGCUUGUGUUAGGUUUGGUUCCCGAUGCUUAUACAUACAAUGUGUAUAUUAAGGGUUUGUGUAUGCAGAAUAAGAUUGAAGCUGGAAUCAAGAUGAUAUCAUGUAUGGAGAAGUUAGGAUGCAAAGCAAAUCUGAUUACUUAUAAUAUGUUAUUGAAGGAGUUGUAUAAGGAUAGGAAGCUGAGUAGAGCAAAUGAGCUUGUGAGGGAGAUGCGAUCAAAGGGUAUCGGGGUUAAUUUGCAGACGUAUAGGAUCAUGAUUGAUGGCUUGAUUGCUGAAGGUGAUGUUAAUGAACCUUGUAAGUUGUUGGAAGAAGCAUUAGUGGAGAGCUUCGAUUUCCAAGGUUCCACACUUGAUGUGAUAGUUUGCGAGUUGUGUCAGAGGGGAUUGGCUUGUAAAGCACUGGAGUUAGUCAAGAUAAUGGUACCCAAGAACGUUUCUCCAGGCGUUAGAGGUUGGGAGACCCUUCUCCUAAGCUUUGGCUCUGAACUUACUUACGGGGAGGCUACAUGGAUUGCUUUGGUGAAUCCAAGCUAGAGUAGCGACAAUAAGCUUCCAGAACAAUAAUUUAACCAGAAUACAAUGGGAUUAUUCUGUCUAACACCUCUGAUUGGAACUGCACCUACAGGGAUGCCUCUUGGUUACGAUGAAUGUUUUCGUGUGAAUGCCAGAGUAUCUCUCAUGCGGAAUGUUCUUAAGAAAAUAGAACAGUAAUUUUUUGAUUUGUGUCACCAACAGCUUCUUCUUUGCUGCAUAGAUUUCUUCAUACAAGAUUUAUCUUGAAGAUUCAUGGAGAGAAGCUCUGGUAGUUUGAAUCUUUCGAAUUACUUGUUACAACCAAGGUAAUUGAAUCGGUCUCAAGUUCUGUAAGUAUGCGAAGCACGCUCAUCUUCCACAUGGCAGUUGACAAAUGUGAUUUGACGGGAUGUUGCAUGCUGGAGAUGCGGAACUUUUUGGUGAAUCUUCAAUGUCUUAAUCUCCUUCUUGAAAGCCCCAUUUUGGCAGCUCCCUAUUUGAAGUUUCAAAAUGAGAUUCAGCAGGUGGAUCUGAAAUGAAUGCAUGCGUUUAUGCAGUAUCCAGAUUGCCUCAAAUGCAGUAUCCAUCAACGGGUUGCAGAUGACCGCCCACAAUUUCUCUUCUUCCUCUUGCCCUGCCAUAAUUCUGUGAUUGUUGUCUUGUGCUUCAAAAAUGGGUUUAGUUACAGAAGUGAGAAGAAUCACAUUAGGUAGAUUCAAAUAUUAGGGGUGUAAGCGAACAGGACUGCCCGCGAGCUAUUUGAGAGCGGCCCGAUAAAAGCCCGUUCAAGCCCGGCUCGCAAAAUAAAAGAGCCGGGCUAGGGCCCCAUUUUAAGGCUCUUUCUAUAAAAGGGCCGGGCUUGAGCAUGGUAAAGCUCGAUCCGUAAGCCCUAGGGCUUUUAUAUUAUAUAUAUAUAUAUAUAUACACACACCAACAUCGGUCAUCAUUGUAAUUUUCUUUAUUGGUUAUCACUUAUUUGUUAAUUGUUAUCACUUAUUGGUUAUGACUUA